UCACACGUUGGUAGACUUGUUAAGAAUCGUUCUUCAAUUGUUCUCAGAUGUUGUUUACAGUGCGUUAGAUCAGCGGUGUCGUGAAAUCAGUGUCUUUUGAUCUUUAGGACGUCGUGUUAAGGAACAUUGGGUUUGUCAUCGUUGAAGAAACAAGUGUACGAUCCUAAGAUCGGAAAAUGGGAGUUACAGUGUUGCAGCAGUUCCCCAUGGUGGAAAAUCGUACCGGUCCACAGACGAUUGAGUUUCUGACGAAGAGGGUUGUAGCACUUGGUGCCGUACAAACCGGCCAGUUCCUUGUCGACUGUGAAACGUACAUGUCUGUUCCCAAUCUCGCGGGCGGCGAGGCCGCUCCACCCAAUCCGUAUCAAAACAAAUACAAAGGGUUGCGCUACGCAGCUACAAAAAUACGGGGGCCCGGCGACCCCGCGCCCCCCUUCUCCCUCCCCUGCAGGCCGGGGCCCGCGGUGCCGCACGGGCGGCGGGGCGUGGCUAUAAAAAUGCGUAAAGAACAUAAGUAUUGUUGCCCUGGAAUUCUCAAGCGUUUCAUUGCUCACGGGUCCGCGGCGCAGGCGAGCCGCCGAGUCGUCCCGUGGGGGUGCUUGCGGGUGCCCAUGCGCCAGCGGUGGGUGGAGUAUCGUCCGUGCCUGGUGGCAAGCAGCUGCUGGGAGCUAGUGCGCGAGUUCCUACAGGGCUUUCUGGGCUCUGUAGUGCCUGCGACGCCGCCGCCCUACCUGCAGAAUCGCAUGAAUGAGCUGUAUCAGCCAAUUGAUACUGUAAAUCAGUACUUGGAGCAGUUCGGACAAUAUCGCAAAGCGACAGGAGUUCGUUGAGAAUAUUUCCAUUAUUCAAGCAUUCAUCAGGUAUGCAUUAAUGAGAAGUUAUUCAUUUUAAUAAUGAAUUCUGUGCAUAUGUGAAAAUAAAGAUCUUCGUGAACUUGAAAACA